CAAUAUUCCUCUCUCACACAUUUCGCUAUGGAGGAAGAAUCUGCAAAGGACCUUCUCUUCAAAGACCAGGACUUCUCCUCUGAACUAUUGAGGCAGCUCAACGUUUUAAGGCAAAACGGGAUGUUGACUGAUGUUACUCUCUGCACUAGCGAGUUUGAAAUCCCUUGCCACAGGAAUGUGCUGGCUGCAAGCAGUCCUUACUUCAAGGCAAUGUUCUGUAACAACUUUAAAGAGAGAUGCCAGGCAAAAGUCGACUUGAAAGGCAUUGACUCCAAUAUUUUGUAUCAGAUUGUCCUUUAUGUUUACACAGGAGAGAUUCUUAUAACACCCGAGAAUGUCAUGUACCUAAUGGAGGCCACUUCCAUGUUACAGUACAUUAAAUUGUUCCAGGCCUGCUCCUUGUACCUCCAGGACCAGCUGACUCCUGGGAAUUGCCUGAGCAUGCUAAGGCUCUCUGAAAUCUUGAACUGCCAGAAUCUCAAUAAGAAAGCCAAGGAGAUAGCUCUCAAAUACUUUCCUGAAGUAGCCUCUUCUGAAGACCUGAAGGAGCUUUGUGCACUGGAGUUGAUUGAUUACCUUGGGGACGAUGAGCUCUGUGGUGAGGAGGAACAAGUGUUUGAGACACUGAUUGUCUGGAUCCGGCACGAUCUCCAGGCACGACAGGGCUAUAUCCAAGAUUUGUUCAAGAAGGUCCGGCUUCAGUAUGUCCACCCAACCUUCCUUUUCCACUUCAUUGCCAAUGACUCCCUCAUUCAGUCAUCACCCGCUUGUAGAAACAUCCUGGAAUCAGCCAGGAGACAGAUGUUCUCAUUAUAUAGCACUAGCACUCCUGAUAUCAAACCCAUGUGGCAUGUUCCCCGCAGAUAUUCAUACCAAGAGUUCCUCAUAAUCAUUGGUGGCAGGAAGGACAACCAGACGACAACCAGGGACGUCCUGCUGUAUGACGAGAAGACCAACCAGUGGCUGAGCCUCGCCAAGCAUCCUGUGCGCCUUUACAAAGCCUCUGCAGUGAGCUUGCAUAGCAAUAUCUAUGUGCUAGGAGGGAUGCCCGUUAGCUGUGAGAAAAGUCCAGUCAGUGAUCAUGUUUAUAUUUUCUCCCUCAAGCUAAAUCAGUGGAGAUUAGUUGAACCCAUGCUGGUUCCACGCUAUUCUCACAGGAGCAUAGCCUAUAAGAACUACAUUUUCUCAAUUGGAGGAAUUGGAGAGAAACAGGAAAUUCUGAAUUCCAUGGAGAGGUACGACAGCAUUUGUAACAUCUGGGAGAACAUGGCAAACAUGCCCGUUGCUGUCCUUCACCCUGCCGUUGCAGCUAAAGACCAAAGAAUUUAUCUCUUUGGAGGGGAAGACAUUAUGCAAAACCCUGUCCGUCUAAUACAGGUUUACCACAUAUCCAGGAACAUGUGGUUUAGAAUGGAGACCAGAAUGGUGAAGAAUGUUUGUGCACCAGCAGUGGUGAUUGGAGACCGGAUCAUCAUUGUUGGAGGGUACACCCGGAGAAUAAUCGCCUACGAUACUAAAGCCAACAAGUUUGUUAAGUGUGCAGACAUGAAGGACAGACGGAUGCAUCACGGGGCUGCUGUGAUAAAAAACAAGCUAUAUGUUACCGGAGGGCGCUGUCUCACUGCAGACAAUACGAUCCAAGACUCUGAUUCAUUGGACUGCUAUGAUCCUGAGACUGACACAUGGACUUUGAAGGGGAAACUCCCACACAAACUCUUUGACCAUGGAUGCCUUGCUCUUCAGUGUGUCCCCUAUUCCAACCUCCUGUAAAGGAAUCUUGUGUUACUCUGGCCCAAAGGGCCAAAAUUGCUGGGUACGUUGCAUAUGGAAAGUACUAGCAACUGCCCCAAUCAUCUGCCAGUGAAGCAACCAAAGGAGGCAGUCAUCUCCAGGGUGCUGUGUGCAAAAGGUCCUGAAUUCUCAGAUAUAUAUGUACAUACUGCUGCAAAAUGGGAUGUAAUUUGGUGUGAAAUACCAGAGUACAUACUAUAUUGCCCAAUGGCCCCACCCUGAGGUCCUUACUCAGAUUUUACUCAAGCAAUUGGAGUAAAAACUGGGCAAGAGCCUCAGGAUUUCGCAGAAUACAAUGUGUUUUGGAAGACAGAUAGAAAUGCUGAAGUCUCAGGGGAAACAUGUCACAACAAAGUUGCUAAUGUAUUUAUACCACUGCCCUCUACUUGACAGAAAUAGGACUUCUCAACAGUGUGUUAUAGCCCGGAUACUAAGAUAAUUUCUUUUUUAGUUCAGGUGGCAGGGGCUUUAGGAAUAGGAGGAUCUGAGUUCUUUCUGACUCACCACGAAGUUCUGAGUAGCCAUGUGGUGCUACAUAGCCAUGGAUUUGCUACAAUACUCAUCUAGUAACAGGGAAAACUUUUCUGCCAUCAGUUAAUGCUAAAACAAGGGCUUUUAAAAAUGAACAGGUAUAGGAAGGUAGGGAAGAAAUGACUCUACAUUUAAUGUUCCACAUCAUAAGCUAGAGAGGAACAAAACCCCAAUCCUUGACUUUGAACCCUUUCAAAUGUUGGUGAGAUGGAGAUUUGAAUCCCUAGAGCUGAUCACUGUCCUGGUGACUGGAGAAAAGUGGGUCAAGGUCUCUCUAAGAAUUUUCUCGUCUAUCCUCCCUUAAGGAACAAGAGAAGGGUUGCCAACCCUCCAGGAUUGGCCUGGAGUCUCCUGAAAUUAGUGCUGAUCUCCUGGUAACUAUUGAAAGCAAUCCAGGAGAUUUUAAUAGGAUAUUUUUUAAAAAUGAGAUGAUGCCAUGUUGGGGAAAAAUAUCUCCCAGAAUAGCUUCAGUCAGAGUUGGCAACCUUAGAAGAGAGGAAGGAAAUGAAGAGAGGGGCACAGGAAGCCCAAAAUUCAUAUACUAGUUUCUUCUUUUUGGAGAGGAGAAGGGAAAGCUUCCAGUCCUCUCUCUAUAUCAGGGAUUACAAUGAAGUCAGACAUAGAGGUUGACUAGGAAGCUGCUAAACCAUGGGAAUUCCUGUAAAGCUGGAAAAAUGGAGGUAACACAUGCAGGACAGUGGAUCCAGAAGAGAAGAUAUAUUUGCAGGGAGCAAGAAAUAAACCACUACUCUCCUCCCCUUGCAAAAACUAAAACAACACAAUCCUGCUGGGAAACAGAUGACAGAAAACCAGUAACAGA